AUGAACGCCCUCAUCAGUGACUUAAACACAAUGGAGCUGGGCAUGUUACUCAUACAGGAACCGCCCUUUACCUUCCACAAGAUGCCUGUCCGACACCCCCAGUGGAGAAUACUCAAGAUAAUAAACAUGGAUACCGAGGCUAAGAAGCGCAGCCUGAUAUACAUCAACAAAUGA